UUAUUUUUUUAGAAUCUGGGGAAAACUCGAAAUAUUUCAACACGCAUAUUUAAGAAAGGCUUUGACACCUUGAUAAGGAAAAUUGAUAAAAUACACAACUACACAAACUGACAUACUAUUAACAUGUGUGUUACAUGGUACGUAUGUUCGUAGACAGAAUCGGAUCGUUUUAACAUGCCACUGAAGAAUCUACUAGACUCAGAAGGGAAAUGCAUGACAGUUCUAGAUGUUGAUGGGUUCUAUUUACCCAAUUUCAAAUUUCCCAGUCAGGAAAGUGACUUACGGUCAAUGGCAGAUCAUUAUUUAGCCAGAGAUGAUGACGUAUUGCUUUGUAAUUAUCCAAAAUCUGGAACCCAUUGGGUGUGGGAAAUUAUCCAGAUGCUGUAUGCACAGAAACCAGAAUUGAUAGAACACUCCAAAAUGAAAUUCAUGAUGGAAUGCCUGUCAAAAGAAGCGUUUGAUUCUUUACCGUCCCCUCGUAUACUGAAUAAUCAUGUUUACUUUUCCAUGCUUCCAAAAGAUUUUCUUAGACGGAAAUGUAAGAUAGUGUAUACUAUGAGAAAUCCCAAAGAUGUUGCUGUAUCAUAUUAUCACCAUCAUCGUGGAUUGUAUAUGUAUAACUAUGAUGGAUCUUGGGAUGGCUACUUAAACAGAUUUUUAGAGGGGAAUCUUGAUUAUAUGUCCUGGUUUGACACUAUACGUAGCUGGCACAGGGCCAUACAGGAACAUAAGGAUUAUCCUAUACAUGUUAUUCAUUACGAAGAUAUGCAACAGAAUGGCAUCGAAGAAAUAAGAAAAUUAGCAAAAUUUCUAGAGAAACCAUAUGAUGAAAAGUUGUUAAAAGAUAUCCAAGACAAAUGUCAAUUUGAAGUGAUGCAAAAGGAUAAAUUUCACCUUAAAACUCUUUGGAAAGAAAACACUGCUGGUAUCUAUAGAGAAGGUAAAGUGGGUGGAUGGAAGAAGGUUUUUACAGUAGCACAGAAUGAAAAGUUCGAUAAAUUUUUUCAGGAAAAAAUGGCUGAUUUAAAUUUAGACAUUAAAUUCACCAUAUGAAUGAUAAAACAAUACAUAUGAUUCAUCUAACCUUAUUGAUUCAAAAUGUAUAAAAUAGCUUAAAAAGACGCAAUAUUUACUAAACAGAUUAUAAAAUUAUAAAAAAUUAUAAAACAAAUAAACCUUAUAGUUAAAAAAUAGACAUUCUUGACACACUGAAACCUGUCAUAAAUAUUAAACAGCUAAAAGGAAAUAGACAAAAAGAACAUGGAAUGUAAUUUAGCAGAGUUUUAUCUUAUACAAUGUAGUGCUAGAGCAGCAGUGUAUAAAAUAAGCAGUUGCUUCAGUGUACACUUUUAUAUACAUAUUGUUAGACUUUAUGAAACAUUAAAGGAAGACUGUUGGAACAUGCAUGACAAAGAGACAAAAAAACUCAUCAAAGAUACCAGGAAAUUACAUAAAGUCAAGUAUGGUCAUUCUGAGUGUCCAGACUUAAGUCUGUGCAUUUCAUUUUAUGGUUAAUGUUAUAUAAAUGGAUUUCAUUUCCAUAAAAAGGCAUCCAUUAAUUUUGAUUUUAUAUGGUAUAUAGCAAAGUUAAACAGGCCUAUAAUUGCUUACUUCUACAUCAUUUGAUCUAUUGUGGAAAGUUGUCUCAUUGGCAAUCAUGCCACAUCUUAUUUUUAUA